ACCCUUCUGAUGGGUGGGAGCAGAGCUGAUUUCAUAAUGCUCUUUGACAUCUUACUAAUAACUGCUGACACUUUCUAACCUUCUGUCUAUUUGCUGUUUUGAAGUUCGUCCUCAGUGCAGGUCAACAGAGAAGGAACAGCUGAAGUACAAUGGCGGCCUUCCUUCACCACUGCCCCUUCCUUAAGUCUGCGCCUCAGCCAGCUUUGAGGAGAACUGGAGCUGCCUUGCUGUCUAUGGCCAACCAAUGCCCCAUCAUCGUUCGCCAGAUCAGUGUGAGCAGCGCAGCCUCUCUGGGGGCCAAGCUGAGAGUCUCACCCACCGAACAAGAGUCUCACCCACUUCCAGUGGAGGAUCAGAAGAGGCAGUUCGCUCAGAGAGCUACUCAGGUGGCUCUGUCUGUAUCGGAGAGCUGCCCCUUUGUCAGCUCUCAGAUUGGGAUGGUCCGAGCCAGUCCUGAGGUACAGGAGGAUGUCCAAGAAGGUUUGUUGAGUUCUCUGUUGAAUGGUUUAAAGGAUUCAAUCCUCCUAACAUCAGCUGAAACCAAUUCUGUCAACCACCUCCUCAAAGACAACAUGGUUGGUCCCAGCUAUGACUAUGACCACUUCUUUACUGAGAAGAUUGCUGAGAAAAAGAAGGACCACACAUACAGAGUCUUCAAGACCGUGAACAGGAGCGCUGAGGUCUUCCCUUUCGCUGAAGAUUACUCCAUCUCUGGACGGGAGGGCUCCCAGGUGUCUGUCUGGUGCAGCAAUGACUAUCUGGGAAUGAGUCGGCACCCACGGGUCCUCGGUGCAAUAAGAGAUGCCCUGGAAAGGCAUGGUGCUGGAGCAGGUGGGACCAGAAACAUCUCAGGCACCAGUAACUACCACGUGUCUCUGGAGAGGGAACUGGCUCAGCUGCACCAGAAAGAUGCAGCUCUGGUCUUCUCCUCCUGCUUCGUGGCAAAUGACUCCACCCUCUUUACUUUGGCCAAGAUGCUGCCAGGGUGCGAGAUCUACUCUGAUGCAGGGAACCACGCAUCAAUGAUUCAGGGCAUCAGGAACAGCAAAGCCAACCGUUUUAUCUUCCGCCACAAUGACAGCCGACACCUGGAGGAGCUGCUGCAACGCUCAGACCCUAAGACGCCCAAAAUAGUGGCAUUUGAGACUGUGCACUCGAUGGAUGGUGCCAUAUGUCCUCUGGAAGAGCUGUGUGAUGUCGCUCAUCGUUAUGGAGCUCUGACGUUUGUUGAUGAGGUUCACGCUGUGGGCCUGUACGGAGCUCACGGAGCUGGAGUGGGAGAGAGAGACAACAUUAUGCACAAGAUUGACAUUGUCUCUGGGACCUUAGGUAAAGCCUUUGGCUGUGUUGGAGGCUACAUUGCCAGCAGCGCUGCCCUGGUAGACGUGGUGCGCUCCUUCGCAGCUGGCUUUAUCUUCACCACCGCUCUGCCUCCGAUGGUCUUGGCUGGAGCCCUGGAGUCUGUCCGGGUCCUGAGGAGCCCCGAGGGGCAGCAGCUCCGCAGAGCCCACCAGAGGAACGUCAAACACAUGAGGCAGCUGCUCAUGGAUAAGGGCCUGCCUGUGGUCAACUGUCCCAGCCACAUCAUCCCCAUACGGGUGGGCAACGCCGAGCUGAACACUAAAGUGUGUGACACUCUGCUGGAGAGACACAACAUCUACGUCCAGGCCAUAAACUACCCCACAGUGCCUCGUGGUGAGGAGCUGCUGCGCCUGGCUCCGUCUCCUCAUCAUAACCCUGCCAUGAUGGACUACUUUGUGGAGAAACUAGUGGAGGUGUGGCAGGAGGCGGGGCUCCUGCUCAACAGCCCGGCCACAGCUUCCUGCGCCUUCUGUGACCGCCCGCUACAUUUUGACCUAAUGAGUGAGUGGGAGAAAUCCUACUUUGGCAACAUGGAACCACAAUUCAUCACUGUGCUUGCAUAAUACCAUAGUACAUGUGGUAUCUCAACGCAAGUUAUACAUGCAAUACAUGUAUACAUUUAAUUUUAUAUUCAACAGCCUUUUUUAAAUACAAAGUUCUUCAUCAGGUGCACUGAGAAGAGUACAUAAGUCUUGACUCUGUACUUACAUUAAAAUGUUCUUUAUUGUAAGUGGUACGGACUAAACUCCAGUAUUUAUAUCUGUUUUCUUGUAUCUAUGCUUAUUAAAUUGUGUUUGCUGUCAUGGAUUGGA